AUGUUCCUUGCCCCGCUGUCAAUAAGAAAUAACUUGAAUCUGCUUGUAAGGUUUGAUCCAAAAAGAAGCGAAAUGGCCGUGGUGGACGAUGUCCUAAGCAUGCUCCUAUGGAACGAAGAGUAUAUCGAGUUGGUCACCAUUCCACUACUGGCUCAACAGAAAGAAACUUCCGUUGUCAAAGCCUUACCGAUCAUAGAUGCUGCAAUUGCCGUAAGAGACGAUGGCUUGCAUGUGUUUGCCAUAACAAAAAGCAACCUCUAUCACUUUACAAACGGGCUGAGUUCGUUCGCUGAGAUGCCCCACAGCUUUGUCCUUCCAGAAGUCAGCGCCUGGGGAGAAAACGUGGUGGUGUUUAGUAACAAUUCGUUUUAUUUGCUUACCGGGAAUGGAUUCAAGAACCUGCGUAUCUCUCCGUACUUCAGAGCUAUAGUCUCCUACUCCUGCGGAAGGACGUCGAACGUCGACCUGAUUGCCUAUCGAACAGAUUCAUACACAAGCAUCUAUUCGAUCGAUGGGACUCCGAUCCUACAAAAGUAUCCCUGCACCCAGAAAACGUUCAUUACCGACAGAGGACUAGCCAUUCAAAAGAACAACGAAAUAUUUCUAUACAAUGUUUCAGACGGCAUCGAGUUAGCCGCAAGAAUAAAUAUGAAUGUAAAGAUCAAUGCCAAGUGGAAGUAUUUAAAGUAUCACCAGGACAUACUGUACAUGAGCGGAAUCGCCAACGACGGACACAUCCUCUAUGUCGAUGGAUAUCUGUUUGGGACAGACGAUCUUGUGCAGUCAUUUGAAUUCUACAGAAAUUGCUUCAUUGGACUCAGCUCCUCUUUUCUAUACUUCCUGCCAAACGACAAAGACUUCGACCUGAAGCUGCUUGAAAGCGAAUACAGACUGAUGAACAACGUACUCAACGGCAACUUUACUCCUUAUACCUGCAGAAGCUUCAAGCUUUUCGAUGAAGAGGGUCUAUGGGGGGCCGGAGAGCGCCAGGGCAGAGCACGCAAUCCUGGGUAUUUUCUGGGCUUUCUUGUAUACUGCGGCUUCAAGGUUGAAUGCUGCAAGCUGAUCUGCAACACUCUUAACGAGGUGCAGAACGACAGCAAAGUUCUUAGAAGAUUGAGAAUCCUUAAUGAAGCCAUGAAGUUUGGACACAGGGUCUAUAGGAGAUUUGUGAAUAUGGAUGUUAAUGUGGAAAAAAUAUAUGGCAAGAUCACCGAGAUAAUCGACCCAGAGGCCAUCAACGAAGAGCUCCUAGUGGACAUGGCAGAGAUUUCGUUUAGAGAUAUUGGCUUUAUUGAAACACCCAGGUACUUCUUUCUGAAGGGAAAGAAACUCAUGGAACAGGGAGAAGAGUUCAUGGAUUCGUUUUACAAAUGCACCGGACUGUUUGGUGAGGUGGUGAAGAAGCUGGAGGAGAGUGAUAAGGCGAUAGAGAUCGUACUCCUGUGGAAAAAGACAGGCUUCUGCAGAGGAGAGUCUCUUGAAUAUAUUUGUAGGCACACUCUUGCCCACUUCAUAUCGCAGAGUUGCUCCUACGGCAUAGUUAGCGCAUGGGAUAUCCUAAGAUGUCUUUGCGAGAUGUGGGAAAAGACCAGAAACAGGUGCAAGGCAGCUAGGGAUAUCGUUGAAUUUAUAGGCGGAAGAUACGAUCUGAUAGUUGGAUGCCUCCUUCCAGCACCUCUAAAGACAUUGCUUUCCCCAGAAGUAGUGCAAUACUGUUUUAGAUCUUCCUCUGGGACGGAACAUGCCAUAUCGUUUCUCCUGUCCAAUGGAAGGGAUGUCGAGGCCUCAACCCUGUGCUACCACUUAUUUGUCACUGCUGGAGACAGAGCAUAUUUAAACGAGUCGAUAAAGAACAUUCACAACAAGGUCUUUAUAUAUAGAAACAGAUUCGUAGGUAAAGAGGUGCUAGAGGCGUUGAAUCGAAGGAAGGACAUGGACUAUCGGCAGAUCAUUUUCGACAACAUUGGAAAAGUCAGGGAGAUGAAAGAAGGAUGUCUAUGGAGCUAUGCUUGUAUGGCCGAGAAAUAUCCCGAUGAGUACAGCCAAUAUCUUCAGCUUCUCAACAAAAAGGAUGCACCCUAG